AUGGUACCAACUAAAGGAUCUGACCAAGGGGAGGAAGUAUCGAAUGGUGAUUCAGCAAGACUUUCUGGUUCCGAUUCUCACAGGAAUGAGAGUCUGUCGAGCGAAGAAGUGGUGAAGAAGAUAUGCUUCUCGAGCGGAUGCGACGUUGGCUCUCAUCCCAUCUCCGGAGAUGUUGCCGUGCCCGAUCAGGAAUAUCUCGACCAGCUCAUUCGAGACAAGGGCGACCUGCGUUCAGUGCAUGCGGCUCCUUUCCGUCAUCUUACUAGACUCAUCGAUAGAGGUGUGACAUUGAAUAAGGUCUUGUAUUUUCGUCCAGGAGCCCAUAUCGUCGUUGGCUGA